AGUUUGGUCACCUGAUCAACAUGUCUGCGUUUAAGUAGUUUACAUGAUGUGAGGUGAUAUGUUGAAAGAGAUUAAUCUUUUAAAUGUUGCGAUAGUGCACAAAUUUGUAAAGAUUUUAUCUUCAUAAAAGUGUAUUUGUUCACCUCAGAACUUAGGGAUUCACACUCAGGUUUCAAGAAUGGCAGAUAAUACAGUAUUUACUCAAGAUCCACAACCUGAUAUGCACAGCCCUAAUAUCAUGGAAAUGCUUCUUGAACGGUUUCAGCAGCUACCAGAAUUAGACAGAAAGUUUUUCGCAUAUGGACCCAUCUACCUUGGGAUAAAUUCAGCAUUUGCUGGUUUAAUUGCCAACAGUUUCUUUCGAAGAAUACUCAAUAUUGCUCAGGCUCGUUUUGCUUCCAGUUUGCCAAUGGGAAUUCUUCCAUUCCUGACUACAAUAGCAGGAUAUAAUGCUGUUGUCUCAAAGCCUUUGCUUUCAGGUGAUCUCAAUUGUCCCACAUGUGCCCUUGUUAGAGGAGGAUUAGUGGCUUCUGUUGGAGGAACCUUGUAUCCUGUUCUCCUGGCCUUACCAAUAAAUGCUGGCCUUGCAUCACGGUAUAAUACAGCUCCAAUGCCACAAAGGGGAAAUACAAUACGAUUCUGGAUUACUAUUUGUCGGCCAGUUAUGAGGAAAUUAAGCUUCAUAUUAAUCCUUCAAGCUCUCUUCGGAGUCUAUCUGAGUUCCAAGCACUAUGCAAUUUAUGUGAAAAUGUUAGCACUUCCUCCACCUCCUAAAAUUCCCAAAGUAAAUGCAUAAAUUGGAGGAAAGAAAAUUAAUGUAAUUUCUUCAGGACUAGUCAACAUAGUUUGACACUGGUGAAUGCAUGAUCAUAUGAGGAAAGAAUGUGUGAAUUUUGAAAACUUGAAUAGCAAAAUUGCAGCACACAACUAAACAUAAUCAAAGUCACAAAGUACAGCACAACCAAACAUGAUCAAUUUUUUUUAUAUAGUCCUGCAUUUGUCACUAGACCAGCCCUGCCUCAAUUGAUAGCACUUUUGUCUGUGUGUCACAAGAUUUCAGAUUCAAGUCCCAUUUCAGAACUUGAGCUGAAAACUUCUGACACUGACACUCCAGUACAGCACUGAGGGAGUCUUUUGGCCAGUUUGUUCAAUGGAGGCCUCAUCUGUGUGCUCAGGAAACCUAGUGUGCUGAACAAUAUUGAUCCCUCAAUCUACAUUAAAAAUAUACAAUUAGUGUUUGUUAUCACAGUGCUAUUCUUAAGUUUUAGUUCUCAGAAUUUUUCUGUAAAGUGCUUAGAGAUGUCUGGUGGUUUGUGAAAAGCGCGGUAUAUAUAUUUAAUCAUAAAGUCCAAGUGCUGCAAUUGUAAUAUAAAAUCAUUUUUAAAAAUU